AUGGCAGCUCAAUGGCAGCUGUUGGCCUCAUGUGCAGAGUUUUCCACCGGCGAAUCGAAGACAGUCGCGAAGUCAUACACUGAGAGAUUGGCAAGGUUGGGAAGCGACUCCUCUGUCGCGGUCGUCUUCCUUUCUCGCUCAAGAGAGACCGCGCAAAAGACCAUCGACAAGGAGAAAAGAUUCCAGCCCACGACAGCCAUAGCCACCAAGGCCUUUGACGACGAGAAGGGCUUCGACACCACACACGGCCCGGCGUCAGACGAGUCCCAGUUGUACAACAAUACUGUCGUUCACCACGACAAUGGCAUCUUCUCCAAACUGCGCCAGCUCGAAGCCCGCAUGGACGAGAAACUGGCCGUCGACGAGGAGGCCAUUGACCGCAAGCGUGGUGGCUCCAGCUCGUCUCAGAAUCUGGGGGCAUUCUGCCUCUUUU